GAAGCAUCAGAAACUAGUCUGCAGCAUCCGGGCAGCACAGCAAGACUUUGCAACGGCCCUUCGCUCCAUCUCCAGGCAACAUGAGGACCUCUGUGGCUGCCCUUGCCCUCCUCUUCCUCCUCCUUGUGGCCUCCUUCUCUCUGACCAUCGCUGCCCCACGUGGUGUGGACACAUCUCCGUGCUGCCCCAGACAUAGCAGCAAAGUCUUCCCAAAGCGGAUUGUGAAGAGUUUUUUCUACACCAGCGGAAACUGCAACCUGCCUUCUGUGGUGUUUGUCUUCAAGGACGAGAGACACAAGCCAGGCUGUGCCGACCCCCAAGCCACGUGGGUCAAAGAUCUUAUGGAGCACCUAAAACAGGCAUGAGGAGAGGCACCCACGCCCAAGGCCUCCACUGCUGCCUCCCUCCCUCUGAUGCCGACUGAGGCGCCCUGCUGGGACCAGCUGCAGAGGAGUCUCAGCUUCGCUCCACCGGCAAAGUGUUGCUGCUGCUUUCACCAGAGACCCCAGCUGCCAAGGCACUGCAUGGCCCUUAGCAAAGGCCCCUUGGGGGGCUGCCAACCUCAGGAAGCGAGGAGGGCAAUUUGUGCAGGCUCAAUGCAAGUCUUCGAAAGAUGAGAAGAUCCCCUUUCUUAGCAAAAUCCUCUUGUUGGACACAAUGCUUGGUCUUCCCAACUGGCUUUGAAAAGAAGGCUGUGGCUGUCUGGUGUGGCUGAAGGUCAGGUUCAUUAGGAGGCCAAAGUUUGCAACUGUGAAGAAACUCUCUCUCUCUCUCUCUCUCUCUCUCUCUCUCUCUCUCUCUCUCUCUCUCUCUCUUACACACACACACACACACACACACACACACACAUAUACACACACACACACACACACACGGUUUAAAUUCAGUCUCAGAGUUCAGACUUGCACAUUUCCCUAUCAUUUUUGUUUAAUUGCUCUGUGAACCCAAAAGUUUGGUUCUGUAAAAUGGGGAGAAAAUGCAAGCACAAUUCUAUCCCCCAUCACCCCAAAGUAUAUUUUACCACCAAACUCAAAGAAACAACAAACAUUGGAUCUGCUAGAGGGAAGGACAUUAUCUAGUGCUGUAAGAGCACUCUCUGCUGCCCCUGGCAUGAUGUUGCUCUGUCCACAGAAGCCACUGGGGGGGGGGAUCCUCGGCACUUCACUAAACUACAGUUCCCAGAGCUCUUUGGGGAAACCCAUGACAGUGAAAGUGGUGAAGAUUUCAGUGUACUUCUGAAGUUUUAUCCAGGAAUUUAGUUUGCAAUUUGGGAGCAGAUUUUAUUUAUUUAUUUAUUUACUUUCUUGCACACUAGAGGUCUUGGUAUGGACAUGAGCACGCACACACACUUGUGAAUCCAGUUCCAUACCUGUUUGCUUGUGUUUAUUUAUAUAUUUAAGUACCAGGGUUAAUCAAACUCCUUAUGAAUACUGCUAUUUCUGUUGGUUAUAUAGUGUGUUCCUGUAAGCUGUGUUCACUACUUAUCUGAAUGUGUCUGCAGGUCCGGCAUCCCCCGGCUUCCUUGCUGGCUUCCAAAAAUAAAGCUGCCAUUUGGUUUA